CAUCGAGCAUCUUCCAUGCGGCAACACCAAGGGACGAACUGAUGCCGAAUCAGUAAUCUACCCCCCGGCAUAUCAAUAAGAACAUCAUUCUUCCCUGCUCUGUCACUUUCCUUUCCUUCACCACCCUCGACCCUUCCGCCACAUCAACAUGGGCUACACAGCCAAGGCAACGAUACCUCUUAUUCCGCUGGCGAAGGACUCCGUCCUUCUGCCCGGUGUCACUCUCCGCAUCUCAGUAUCCAACCGUGCCGACAUCCCCCUGCUCCUAUCAUCAGCUUUCCAACGAGCUACGAAGUCGAGAACUGGAUCGGCGCAGCUGCCCGUCGGCUGCGUUCCUUUGAAUUCGCCCUUCCUGAGCCCCGAUGGCAAGGAACUGCUCGACAGCGCGGCCAAAGAGAGUAGCCGGGACUAUGACUAUGCCGACAUUGAUCCGGGCAAGGCUCGAAAGAAGGAUUUAUAUGGAUACGGCACGCUGGCGAAGAUUGUCAGUGUCCAGGGGAGCCCCAAUGCCGAUCCGUAUUUGCUCGUGGAAGGAAUCCAGAGAUUCAAGAUCGACAAGAUUAGACAUGAAAGACCAUACUUCGAAGCCGAAGUCACAUUUUAUGAGGACGAAGUCCCAGACCUUAACGAUGGCGACCUUCGCGCCAGUUUUACUCGACUCAAGCAACGAUCUCGUGAGCUUCUGACACUGCUACGGCUCUCAUCUCUCUUCCGCCCUGCAUCUAUGGCGCUGUCUCCUUUAAUCGUCCGCCGCUUCGAGUUGUUCAUUGCGAAAAAAGACCUUUCUCAAGCUGGCCAAUUGGCCGACUUCAUGACGGAUAUUGUGGAAGCAAGUUUUGAAGAGAAGCUCCGAAUCUUGAGCACACUCGAUUUACACGAGAGGCUGGAGCGAGUUCUUGCCCUGCUCAACAAGCAGAUCUCAGGCAUCAAUGGGAACAUUAAAGUCACCACCAUUACCUCCACAACCCUGCCAUCCAAUAUUGGUGUCGAUAUCUCCGACCUGAAUCAAAAACAACGUGAAGCUCUGGCCAGGCGGGCAAUGUCUGGUCUCAACGGCAUGACACCGCCCGGAAUGCCUGGCGUUAAUCGAGGUGGUGAUGACGACGAGGAUAACGAAGUUAAUGAAGUUGAGGAACUCAAGAAGAAGGUGGCCGAGGCUGGUCUGUCGCCUGAGGCUCAAAAGGUUGCGGAGCGCGAACUGAGACGACUGAAGAAGAUGAACCCAGCCAACGCUGAGUAUGGUGUGAUUCGCACGUACGUUGAAAAUUUGGUCGAGAUACCUUGGACGAAGGUCACCGAUGAUCAGCUUGGCGCUGAUACCCUGAAACGCGCUCGCAAACAACUUGACGACGACCAUUAUGGGCUAGAGAAGAUUAAGAAGAGACUGCUCGAAUACCUCGCAGUCUUGAAAUUGAAGCAGUCUGUCAACGCCGAUGUCGAUCAACAAAUUGCCCGUCUCACCAAGCAGCUUACUCCGGCUCAAGAUGGGGAGGAAAGGGAGAUUGAACAGAUCCCAGACAAUGAGAGAGAUGCAGCAACUGCCAAACUUCAUGUCCUCAAAUCGAAGCGUAUGGUGGACAAGUCUCCAAUUCUCUUGUUGGUUGGACCACCUGGCACCGGCAAGACCUCUCUGGCAAAGUCCAUCGCACUCUCCCUUGGCCGAAAGUUCCACCGUAUUUCCCUGGGAGGUGUUAGGGAUGAAGCAGAAAUCAGGGGCCACCGGCGGACGUAUGUGGCUGCUAUGCCAGGUCUAAUUGUUAGUGGCCUGAAGAAAGUCGGCGUGGCCAACCCGGUCUUCCUCCUUGACGAAAUCGAUAAAGUGAGCACGAACAAUUUCCAUGGCGACCCUUCAGCUGCAAUGCUCGAAGUUCUUGACCCAGAACAGAACCACAGUUUCAAUGACCACUACGUCAACAUCCCUAUCGAUCUGAGCAAAGUUCUCUUCAUCGCUACCGCUAACUCCCUGGAUACUAUUCCAGCGCCCUUACUCGAUCGAAUGGAAACAAUCCGCCUGGCUGGCUACACAACGGUUGAGAAGCGUCACAUCGCCAAACAACAUCUUAUACCCAAACAAAUCCGCACCAAUGGUCUCUCGGAAGGACAAGUCGUCAUCCCUGACGAUGUCGUGGACACGAUAAUCACAUCUUACACACGUGAGUCUGGAGUCCGCAACCUCGAGCGUGAGAUCGGGAGCGUGUGUCGCUACAAGGCUGUUCAGUACGCCGAUGCCCGUGACGCAAAUGACACAUCGAAAUAUAACCCCGUCGUCCGUAUUGAGGAACUCGAAGACAUUCUCGGAAUAGAACGUUUCGAAGAAGAAAUCGCCGAGAAGAAAUCUCGUCCCGGCGUUGUCACGGGCUUGGUUGCCUAUUCAUCUGGUGGGCAAGGAAGCAUUCUCUUCAUCGAAGUGGCUGAUAUGCCUGGAAAAGGACGUGUGCAACUCACAGGAAAGUUGGGAGAUGUGCUCAAAGAAUCUGUCGAAGUUGCACUUAGCUGGGUCAAAGCUCACAGCUACGAUCUCGGCCUGACACAUGAUCGGGAUGAAGAUAUCAUGGAGAAACGUGCCAUUCAUGUCCACUGUCCCGCUGGAGCGGUGCCCAAGGACGGACCAAGUGCUGGAUUGGCGCACACUGUCGCGCUCAUUUCGCUAUUCUCCGGCAAGACUGUACCGCCGACAAUCGCUAUGACAGGCGAAGUGAGUCUGAGAGGACGAGUCAUGCCUGUCGGCGGCAUUAAAGAGAAGUUGAUCGGCGCCCACCGCGCGGGCGUCAAGACAGUGUUGUUACCGGCCGGCAACAAGAAGGACGUCAAGGACGUGCCCGAGGAGGUGAAGAGGGAUUUGGAAAUUGUGCAUGUCAAGCAUGUCUAUGAAGCUCUUCGCCAUAUCUGGCCCGAUUCUCAUUGGGCCUCGGAUCGACAUUUCGCUGAGAUCGAGAGCAGAUUGUAAGCUAUUCGAUGUGCGUGGUUAAUUAACGCGUGGAGUGGUUCUCCGUUAGGCUCCGGAUCGUUUAGCAUGCGUCAACCUCUCUUUCCUAUAGCUUCUUUCGGUCUUAAUCAGAUCUACUGUAUGCUGUAUCAUCUCAUGUUCACUUCUCGCUGGGCUCCGUGGUGACACCCUUGGGUUUGAAUGAGUGCGUUUGUUUGAUGUAGCCUGCCAAUCCUACAAGGUUGGACCUCGCAACCCUCGCUAAUCCUGGUAGCUAUGCAACGCAGAAUGUGUCGUGUUAAUGUACAAAUCUUCGAGUCCC